AUGCCGCCACUCAUUCGGGCCUUCCCUUUCACAUUCAUUUGUCCAAGCAAUUUCGGCGGCGCACUGACGGAUUCAGACAUCGAUAUUCAGGACGGGUUGCUUAUGUGCUCAUACACAGAUGCAAGGGCUGCAGAUUGUAAAUACUUUCUUUCGGAUGGCACUCUUGACCAAAGCCUCUCGCGGCCUGACUGUCCCGGCAACGCUCAGACGGCUGAUGAGUCGACGACAACACGCAUUCAGGCCGUUCCCGUCACGUCAACGGCCUUCAGGACGAUGACUGUACUCGUAACGACGACCCAGACCCAACUACAGACCGUGGCGGGUCUGGCGACUGCGUUCACUCAGAGCGGCAUCACUGUAACCCAGACAGUUGCAACUUCUGGAAGUCAAACCCCCGAGCUUCGUUCACUGAUAGAAACAACGACUCUAACGAGUCAACCAUCCUUCCUGCCAGUGCCAACAAUACCACAAACACUAGUUCCAGCUGCCCAGCGCGCGCUUAUCGCGUUAUCCGUCGUCACCGGCAUCUUGCUUAUCUCCUUCUGCAUCAUUCUCAUUCUCUUCCAUCGUUUCUGGCGAUCACGGCGCUGGGACACGGGCAAAAAUACGCGCGAUAUCGACCCGGAGAAGGGCGCCUUCAUCAUCCAUCGAGUUACGGGAGACGCUGGACUUGCGCAGGAGGUCCCGAUAUCACCAUUGGCUGGCGGUGCCGUACAGACGAUUGAUCCGCCCCGCUCGACAUUUGCUCCCGUUCCGGUUACCACCCUGUCCGACGAAGCCGUCGCAAAUCCUUUCUCCAGUACCCCCAGUCUUGUGCAAACCUCCAGCCGGCUGUCUCAAUCUACUGCACAAACGAGCAACCAAGUUGUGACCCAACUCGAGGACGACGAAACAAAUAUCAAUAUACUUGCACAGCGCGUCCUUUCCGUGGAUUCAUUCUCCGUCCCACCAGAACUCCGUCCACCAUCGACCCAACUGGACAUCGCACGCCAGAACGAGGUCCUGCGGCUGCGGCUGAGCCGGCUGGAGAUGGAGCUGGGGCUGUUGGACCAGCUGUCCGUGGAACACGACUCCCUCCCGCCGUCGUACCACAGCCCCAGUCAGAAAUCGGGCGCACAGCUGCUAGUAGAAGAAACGGCAAGCCAGUUCGGAGAGGGGAGGAGCAUUUAG